UACAGUGUCUGUCUGAGCUGGGAGCUGGUAAUAAAAAACAACAAUCGAGUUACGUAACAGAUGGUAUUCAGUUUGACAAGACAAUUUUUUUUAACUUUGAUUACAAAGUGACAUCGGAGUUUGUUCGGCUACUGGGCUAUAGAUAUUUAAACGCUGCAACAAUCCUGCAAUCAACCUAAAAGAUUGCACACAGAUCUUCCAAAACAGAUACAAUGUACAGAUACAGAUAAGAAAAGUUUAGCUUGUAAACAUCAACAUACAGACAUGGGACGACAUACUUAAAAAAAAAAGAUUAUUCGAACACCGAAGCUUCUAGACCAAAACAAAAUGGACGGCGGCACUCGAGAGAUUCACGUCAGCCUUGUGGAUCUCGUGAACCUGACCAACUUCUUCCCGUCUUCAGAGAACCCUGGCGGCGCCACGCAAGACUUGGAACUGGAGUACAACUCCGGCGACAACCUGCUGAACAAUUCCUCCGCGGAUAAUGCCGGUCGACAGUUUGACCUGUCCACGCUGGUCAACUCAGUCCGGUACGACUUGAAACAGUCAGAGCUCCGGCUAGACGAGAUGAACGGCACGGUGCCGGACAUGUUCCGGCCGAGUACUUUUGAGCGCGGGUUCCUGACCAGCGCCAAUGUUGGAAUAUUCUUGUGCUCUGUUGGGAUAUUUUUUAACCUGCUGCUGCUGCUGAUGCUGUGUAACUCCAGGAAGAUGAGGUUCCACUACCUGUACUCACAGAUCAUGAGUAUAGCUUUGGCUGACAUUGGGUUUGUCAUCAUGGUGGAUUCUUUCACUGUUUAUCACGAGCUACAGAAGUGGGAGCUUGGUGCUGAUUUUUGUAAAACGUGGAUGAUCCUUGACGUGGCCCUGCCCAGCGUGGCCCUACUGGCCCUGAUGCUGCUCAACAUCGACCGCGUCCUCUUCACCUACAAGACCGAGUGCUACCAGCACGUCAUGCAGAACACGUCCGUGCACGUCCUAGCCCUUCUGGCGCCCUGGUGCAUCAGCUGCGCCGUCGUCUGCACCCUGUGGCUCGGCUUCCCCGCCAUGGAGCCGCUCCCCGGGCUCUGCAUGUACGGCAUCGUCAAGGAAGCCAACACCAUCUCCAACUGCCUGACCGUGUUCCUCCCAUCCGUUUUAAUCCUGAUUCUACUCAUCUUCAUCUUCAUCGCCGUCAUCGGUGAGAUGCCGACCGCCAGCCAUUUUGGCUCCAUCCAGCAACAGUUCAGCCUCCCCAACAACCCGCGCACCCAAACCAACAGCAGCGACAACAGCGUCAACGGUCACUCCCGUACCGACCUCGACCGAACCAGAUCCGUCGCUACGACUUCUUUAACAAGCUCAACCCACGCCAGGCGUCAAAGACGGUUCGUGGCGGCUCUCUUAGCCGUGGACUUUGUCAGCCUGUCCAUCACCUUACCCUACUCAGCCUACAGUAUGGUCAGCACGGACUGCCGAGACGUCCAAAGCUGCGAUUCUUUAAUGACUCUCUUCCAAACCCUCGCGUGGAUGCGUUCUUCCGUCGCCUGUUUCAGACCGAUCCUUUUCAUCUUCCUCACAGACAUCUACCAAUCCAUGAAACGAAGAUUCGUUCGUUGGUACUUAGGCGAGCAGGGUCUAACCCGCGAGAUCAGCAGCCUUAACAGACGCGAAGCCCAGGUGUUGUAUACACCUGCACGCAACGAUUACAUCACCCUGACUCACGUGGGGACCAGAAGCACGUGCGGGUUCAGUUGCCGGAACGAGUCGACCACGACGACGUCCGUCAUGACGCCGCCCCAGUCCCCGUACAUCCAGCAGAACUCGGACUUUAAGCCCAAGAAGAACGGGAUGUUGUUUAGUGCUCUGUUUAAGGACGACAAUGACGGCUCGUUUGUGUGAUAUUCUUGUUGCACUUGUUACUUGUUGCUAGUUUGUUACUGGUUUGUUAUUAGUUUGUUACUGGUUUGUUACUCCUAUA